UUAUCAAAAUAAUCCAUCUUUUAUCAAUUAAUUCUUUUUAUAUUAAUCUAUAAUUAAUGCAAUGAGCCAGUAGUUGUAAAUGAGAGCUCAAAAAAUGUUGACUCUUUUUCUUUUUGUGUUGGCUUUUGUGACGGCUUUUGCCGACAACACUCCAGUAUAUCACUCGAGUUCACAAGACCUCGAUAUCUCUCUAUCACAAGGGCGUAUCGUGUCUGGAUGGGAGGCGUAUGAAGGCCAGUUCCCGUACCAGCUAUCUCUUCGUAUGGUUAAUCAAAAUGGCAGGGUUUCUGCUUGUGGAGCCACACUUAUUCAUAACGAAUGGGCUUUGACCGCCGGUCACUGUCCAGCUGGUCGUGUAACCUUGGUAGUGCGUGCUGGUGUGACGGACAUAAAGAGACCUCAGUUGAUGUUCGAGACAACCGAGUACUACACACAUCCUCUCUAUGUCGAUCUCCUUCCAUUCGUGCAGCCCAACGACAUCGCGCUCAUCAAGUUCCCACGACCAGUCGAAUAUAAUGAUGCGCUUUACCCUAUCAGACUUCAGUCCUCGCACCAUAAAGAUAAGGACUAUAACAACGUUGUGUUUACUGCCUUUGGUUGGGGAAGAAACUGGACUGACGGUGUUUCACCCGAGGUGAUGAACUGGGUGUACCUAAAGGGAAUAAGCAACGAAUACUGUAGAACGAGUUUUGGUGGUUCUUCAAUUAUUGUAGACUCUACCAUUUGCGCUGCCCAUUACAACGUCACUAGCCAAUCUGUCUGCCAGGGAGACAGUGGCGGUGGUUUAACUAUAUUGGACAAUGAUGGUGAACUAUCUCAGCUAGGCGUAGCGUCUUUCGUCUCCGGCAGUGGUUGCCACACUGAAGUUCCUGCUGGUUUCAUACGCACGGGUCACUACCACGACUGGUACACAGAAGUAACGGGCCUUAAAUUUGAUUGGGUGCCCGCUGCAGAUAUUAAUGCAAUCAGCCAGUUGUUGUUAAUGAGAGCUCAAGAAAUGUUGACUCUCUUUAUUUUUGUGUUGGCUUUUGUGACGGCUUUUGCCGACAACACUCCAGUGUAUCACGCGAGUUCACAAGACCUCGCCGUCUCUCUAUCACAAGGGCGUAUCUCGUCUGGAUGGGAGGCGUAUGAAGGCCAGUUCCCGUACCAGCUAUCUCUUCGUAUGGUUAAUCGAAAUGGCAGGGUUUCUGCUUGUGGAGCCACACUUAUUCAUAACGAAUGGGCUUUGACCUCCGGUCACUGUCCAGCUGGUAGCGUAACCUUGGUAGUGCGUGCUGGUGUGACGGAUAUAAAGAGACCUCAGUUGAUGUUCGAGACAACUGAGUAUUACACACAUCCUCGCUUUAUCGAUCUCUAUCCAUACGUGCAGCACGACGACAUCGCGCUCAUCAAAUUCCCACGACCAGUCGAAUAUAAUGAUGCCCUUCAACCUAUCAGACUUCAGUCCUCGUACGAUAAAGAUAAGAACUAUAACAACGUUGUGUUUACUGCCUUUGGUUGGGGAAAAAACUGGACUGACGGUGUUUCACCCGAGGUGAUGAACUGGGUGUACCUAAAGGGAAUAAGCAACGAAUACUGUAGAACGAGAUAUGGUGGUUCUUCUAUUAUUGCAGAAACUACCAUUUGCGCUGCCCAUUACAACGUCACUAGCCAAUCUGUCUGCCAGGGAGACAGUGGCGGUGGUUUGACUAUAUUGGACAAUGAUGGUGAACUGUCUCAAGUAGGCAUAGCGUCGUUCGUCUCCGGCAGUGGUUGCCACACUGAAGUUCCUGCUGGUUUCGUACGCCCGGGUCAUUACCACGACUGGUUCACAGAAGUAACAGGCCUUAAAUUUGAUUGGGUGCCCGCUGCAGAUAUUUAGAAAAUAUAUAAAUAAAAGUAAAUAAAGAUAUAUUG